CUUCUCGAUAGUGCCCCUGGUGGAAAAGCAAUUUCUCCAUAGGCAGGUACUCCGUAAGCAGUGCGAGGUCGUACAAGAGAGCAGAAGAGCGGUGUCUCCUCGGUAAUAUUACCGGGCCCCAUUACCGCGGGGGCUGGGCCGAGUCGUAUGACAAACCCCCAAUGAUACAGGGUAAAAUACCCAGCGUCAAUUGCCCGAGCCGUGGAACAUCUUCCUCACGCCUGCAAAUCGCAUAGUCAGGCUUCUGCAUUGCUCGGCACUUUUCUCUUACCGUUUGCUCUGAUCCAAGCAAAGUACUUUCAACUCAACUCAACCUCAAACACCGACCCCGGUCUCCCUUUCCCCGCCUACGCAAGAUCGUCGCAAUGGCUUCUGCCCCGCCUCACGACCCCUCACUGCGCAAAACAUUCACCAUUGGCACGCGCAAGUCGAAACUUGCUCUGCUCCAAACAGACCUGGUUCAGGCAGCGCUUAAACAAAGAUGGCCGGAUUAUGAAUUCAAGAUUCAUUCCCGGGAGACCGCAGGCGACCAGAACACAACCAUCGCGCUCCGUGACUUCACGACCAAGAACCUAUGGACCCAGGAACUCGAGGAUCUUCUGAUUGCCGGCCAUGUGGACUUCAUUGUCCACUCCCUUAAGGAUGUCCCGACUCUCCUUCCUUCCUCCUGCACGCUGGGCCCGAUGAUGGACCGUGAAGAUACAAGAGAUGUUUUGGUCAUGAAAAAAGGACUGCCAAGUAUGAGUCUGGCCGAUAUGCCAGCAGGAUCCAUCGUCGGCACGUCCUCCAUCCGCCGUACCGCUCAGAUCGCUCGUCGUUACCCCCACCUCAAGGUUAUGGAUGUCCGUGGAAACAUCGGUACUCGGUUGUCGAAGCUGGAUGCAGAAAAUAGCCCCUACACCUGCCUUAUCCUUGCCGCCGCCGGUCUGCUUAGACUGGAUUUGGCGGAUCGGAUCACCAGCUAUCUGGACUCAAAGAACGGAGGAAUGCUCUAUGCCGUUGGUCAGGGUGCUCUUGGCAUUGAGAUCCGGAAGGAUGACAAGGUUGUGCACGAUAUGCUGAAAAACAUCGGCAACGACCAGACCACUUUUGCUUGCUUGGCGGAGCGUAGCCUCCUGCGUACUCUCGAGGGUGGCUGCAGUGCGCCAUUGGGUGUUGAAUCGGAGUGGGUUGAGGGCAAGUUGAGAAUGCGUUCCAUUGUUGUCAGCGUGGAUGGCAAGGAAAGCGCCGAGGUUGAAGUUGAUGGGGCUGUUGACUCGCCUGAAUCUGCUGAAGCGUUUGGUGUUACUGUGGCAAAGGCAUUGGUGGAGAAGGGCGCGGACAAGAUCCUUGAAGAGAUCCAGCGGAAUAAGCAGGCUGCUUAGAGAGGUGUCUGAUUAAACAUGUUGUGGUGGAGAUGCUGGUCUUCUCCUUCACGGGAAGAUAUGUAUGGACGUAGUUAGAUGGAUACCCCACAAAAAACCUCUCUUACAUUUAACUAGAGGCAAUAUCAAUUCACUAUCUGUC